UCUACGGCGAAGCAGCGUUACAGCUAUGGUUGUCCCCCCCUUUUGUUCAUCAGAGUUCCUCCAUUAUUGCACAAACAAUGAAACUAUUUGGAUGUUAUGCCGUUUCAUGAAACAUUUUACUGCAUGUACGCCUUCCACGCUCUCCUCUGGGAUUAUUUAAUGAAUUAAAAGCGACCUGCAACCCUCCUGAGCUGCUGUGAGGUGUCCGAAGCACGCAGUAUUUCCUGAAGAACGUGGAGUAAUGUAAAGCUGAACUUCAGUUGUCCCUGAAGAGGUUGUUGGCACCAUGGGGCUAGAUUUUGAUGUGAAGACAUUCUGUCAUAAUCUUCGGGCCACAAAGCCACCGUAUGAGUGUCCAGUGGAGACUUGUCGUAAGGUUUACAAGAGUUACAGCGGCAUAGAGUAUCACCUCUACCACUAUGACCAUGACAACCCAACUCCUGCUCCCGCUGUGCCCCAGAAGAAGAGGAAGGGCCGUCCUCCUCGUGCCUCGUUGACCGCCUCUGGGGACACGGACGACAUUGGAGGCAGCGGAGGUGGAGGACCUAGUCCUGAAGCAAACGCACCUGGGAGCCCCAACCGGUCGGACCAUUCUCACUCCCCUGGCAGGGAGACAAUGACCUACGCUCAGGCGCAGCGCAUGGUGGAGCUGGAGAUUCAGGGACGCAUUCACCGCAUCAGUAUCUUUGAGAACAUUGAUGUGGUGUCCGAGGAAGACAGCGAUGCCGAGGAUGCACCACCAUCUGGCGCAGGCAGUUUUGGAGGAGGGGUUUGUAACGGCAGUGACAGUGGAGCCGGGGGCAGUGAAGUUGGAGGAAGCGGGAAGGACCGCUCUGACAUCCCGUCCUCUAACGGCGGUAAAGCCACGCCAAAGACUGGGAAGCACAAAAGUAAAGAUAAGAAGAAGGACGGUUCAUCUCACCAUCACAACCCGCAGUCCGGUCUUGCUGUCAAGCUUCCAGAAGCAGUGUUUAGAGAACUGGACCAAGAAAGACCUGAUGCCCCUGCUCGGACUUUAUCCUACUACAGGUACAUUGAGAAGUCUGUGGAAGAGCUGGAUGAAGAGGUUGAGUACGACAUGGAUGAAGAGGACUACAUCUGGCUCGGCAUCAUGAACGACAAAAGGCGACGUGACGGAGUGACGCCAAUCCCUCAGGAGGUCUUUGAAUACCUCAUGGACCGCUUAGAAAAGGAGUCCUACUUUGAGAGCCACAACAAGGCAGACCCCAGUACGUUAAUCGACGAGGAUGCCGUCUGCUGCAUCUGCAAUGACGGCGAGUGUCAGAACAGCAACGUGAUCCUGUUCUGUGACAUGUGCAACCUGGCAGUGCACCAGGAGUGCUAUGGCGUUCCCUACAUCCCAGAGGGUCAGUGGUUGUGUCGGCGCUGCCUGCAGUCGCCGAGCAGAGCGGUGGACUGUGCUCUGUGUCCUAACAAGGGCGGGGCUUUCAAACAGACGGAUGACGGGCGCUGGGCUCAUGUUGUCUGUGCGCUUUGGAUCCCAGAGGUCUGCUUUGCAAACACGGUCUUUCUGGAGCCGAUCGACAGCAUCGAGCACAUCCCUGCCGCCCGCUGGAAGCUCACCUGCUACAUCUGCAAGCAACGUGGCUCAGGCGCCUGCAUCCAGUGUCACAAAGCCAACUGUUACACAGCCUUCCACGUCACCUGUGCCCAGCAGGCAGGCCUCUACAUGAAGAUGGAGCCGGUCAGAGAAACGGGGGCUAACGGCACAUCGUUCAGCGUGCGCAAGACGGCGUACUGCGAUAUCCACACACCGCCGGGGUCAGCCAGGCCUCUCGCUGGAGUGGGCGGGGCCAGCAUGGGCUCGUCCAACAGCGAAGGGGAGCUGGAGGAUGACGACGAGCCCAGUCUCGGCCAGGACGAAGACUCCAAGGGCUGGAGCUCUGAGCGGGCCAAGAGGGCGAAGGCGAAAUCCAGGCUGAAGAUGAAGAGAGCGAGGAAGAUCCUGGCAGAGAGGAGAGCUGCUGCACCAGUGGUGUCUGUGCCCUGCAUACCUCCCCACAGACUCAGCAAAAUCACAAGUAAUCUGACGGUGCCCAGGAAGAGUCAGUUCAUGCAACGACUCCACAGCUACUGGACGCUGAAGAGGCAAAGUCGAAAUGGUGUUCCUCUUCUGCGGCGGCUCCAGACCCACCUGCCAUCUCAGCGCCAUGUGGAGCCGAAUCCACCACAGCCCGCAGCACAGCUUCCCCCUAGGGACAACGAGGAGAAACAGACAGCCUUAAAGGAGCAGCUGAAGGCCUGGCAGAGAUUGAGACAUGACCUGGAGAGAGCCAGGCUGCUGGUGGAGCUCAUCCGCAAGAGGGAGAAACUCAAGAGGGAGACGAUUAAAGUGCAGCAGAUGGCGCUGGAGAUGCAGCUCACUCCCUUCCUGGUGCUUCUCAGGAGUACGUUGGAGCAGUUACAGGAAAGAGACACAAACAACUUUUUCACUGAGCCUGUUCCCCUUGAAGAGGUGCCGGACUACCUGGAGCACAUUGACACUCCUAUGGACUUCCAGACCAUGUGGAACCUGCUGGAGUCCCAUCGCUACCUCACGUUUGAGGCCUUCGAGGCCGACUUUGGCCUCAUUGUCAACAACUGCCUCAAGUACAACGCCAAGGACACGGUGUUUUACCGAGCCGCCCUGCGGCUCAGGGAGAUGGGCGCCGUCGUCCUCAGAGCGGCCAGGCGCCAGGCCGAACGGAUCGGCUUCGAUUAUGAGUCAGGCAUGCAUCUUCAUCGAGACUCGAGCCCAGAAAGCCAACAUGAGCCAGAGAGAGACAGAGACAGAGACAGAGAGCGGGACAGGGAACAGGACAGAGACAGACCUUUGUCCUCUAAUGAAGACGACCUGCUGCUGCCAGAGAACAGGCGACGGCUGCCGCUGGACGAGCAGCUGCAUUACCUGCAGGCGCGCCUUGAUGAGGUCAACUCUGGGAAGCACAGCAUCGGCCAGUCUCGCAGGGCCAAAGCCCUGAAGAAGGAGAUCAGUGUGAUCCGGAGGAAGCUGGCGCACCAGCGGGAGGUGGGCUCCAUCAUGGGGGGCCGUGAGUCGGCGGGGGAUCGCAGUUCUUCUCUCCCGCAUCACUCUUCAUCUGUGGGACACCAUGAUGAGGGGGGAGAGAGCAGCAGCCAGGAGAUUGGGGGAAAGGCUCCCGAGGUUGGCCGGCGGACUUCUGUGCUUUUUUCCAAGAAGAACCAAAAAAUGGCUGGACCUCCCAAAAGACCAGGGCGCCCGCCGAAGAACCGAGACAUGGGCUACGCCGGGCCAGGGGUGAGCCAGAGCCCCAUCGGGCCCCCCCAGCUCCCUCUGCUGUCCAACAGCAGGCCCAGGAAGAGACCCCGCACCCCCCACAGCACCUCCAGCUCCGACAGCGACAGCGACAACGAUGACCUCCUUCCAGGUUUACCGAGCAAUGGCUUUGAUACAGGAAACCAACCUGUGACUGAAAGCUUCCGUGUGUACAGAAACGAGCCUCGCCUGCCUCGAUCCAGCUCCGACUCCGAGUCCACCACCAGCAGCAGCAGUAGCGCCGCUUCUGACAGGACCAGCACUACGCCCUCUAAGCAAGGCAGAGGAAAGGCGUCAUUCUCUCGUUCCACCUUCCAUGAGGACAGCAGUGAGGAAACGUCGGGCACAGAAAAUGAUUCCUACUCAGUUGGAGGAUCACGGAGCGUUUCACACUUGGUGCGUGGCCGGGACCGGUCAGGAUGCUGGAUGACGUCUGACGACUACUCCUCUCUGGAAGCUCUGGAUCUGGUCUGGGCCAAGUGCAGAGGCUAUCCUUCGUAUCCUGCUCUGAUCAUCGACCCAAAGAUGCCCAGGGAGGGCGUGUUCCACCGCGGAGUCCCAAUACCCGUACCUCCUUUAGACGUGCUGAAACUCGGCGAGCAAAUGACCCAAGAAGCCCGGGAGCACCUGUUCCUCGUCCUCUUUUUCGACAACAAAAGAACCUGGCAGUGGCUGCCACGAUCCAAGCUGGUGCCACUUGGUGUGGACCAAGAACUAGACAAGGAGAAGAUGCUUGAGGGCAGGAAAUCCAACAUUCGUAAAUCCGUUUCGGUGGCCUACAGUCGUGCCAUGCAACACCGCAGCAAAGUCCAGGGAGACCCCAGCAGCGAAACCAGCGACAGUGACUGAUUGCAAACAGACACGCAGUCUAAAUCUGCAAAACUUGUGGAUUUCAUGCAUCCAUAAAGGGAGCACAGCCCUUUGACACGGAUUACAAAGACAACCAAGCAAGCAGGAAAAUUAGUAGGAAGGAAAAACUCCUCUACUUUGCCCCCAAAACACAUUCACUCACACAAAGGCAUAUUUAAUCAGACAUGUAAAAAAAAAAUAUUGUAUUUAAGAAGAUUAAAAAUAAGGAUAUUGCUAAUAAUGAUGACAAAAAAAUGUUCCAAAUCAUGAAUCAAAAUGUUUAAUGUACGUGGUCUGUAUAUGUUUAAAAGAAAAAGGAAAUAAUGGUUUACAGACUUAAAAUGGAGGCAUAAUAUCACACUAUGGUCCAUACACAAUUCUGCCUCCCCCUGUCCUUUCUUCACAUUCAGUCACACAGGUAAUCUUACACUCAAACAGGUAAAUGCAUGUUCUAUGUGUAGAGUAAAUAUACACACACUUCACCUUCCAAAAGCAUACCUGUGUGUGUGUGUGGAGUCAGAGGAGCAGAAAAAGGGACUGUUGCAGCCUGUCUGUAGGCAAAUCAACGUUACUGUAAUUUAUUCUUUGAACUUUUUGUUUGUCACUCCAGCAGCUGCACAUCUCAACGUCUUUUUCUUUCUUUUUUUUUUUUUACAGAUUUGUAAACAUGUAUUUCUGUCACAUUGACCUGUAGAAUCAGUCAAUAAUGAGCACUAAACUGAAACAUGAUCGUCUCCAUGUCUCUUAGUCUCAGGCCGAUGGCUGUAGAACUUUUAUAUAACAAAGAUUGCAUAAAAAAUACAAGUUUAAUAAAAAAAAAGAAUA